ACGCAAAUCUGCUGGAUGUUUAGUUUUACGGAGAGCGAGUACCGGAACUGGACUGUUGUCGCACAAUCCUACAACGGUUAUAUGUACACUUUCUGUCCGCGAUUAAUACAGUCGUUUAGUGGUCUGCGCCAUGGCUUUGUACGGGUGUGUCGGAGCCAUGGCUUUACCUAGCGAGCUUAUCGUCCAUAUAUUUUCAUUCUUGUCCGACCGUGACAAGCUUCGGGCCUCGUCCGUGUGCUCUCGCUGGAGGGAGUGUCUGUUUUACCCAUCGCUUUGGACGGAGCUGAAGUUGCGUGUCGGAGGUGGUGCAAACUGGGGCGGUUCUGGCUCCGAACAGACCCCAAGAUUAGAAUUUCUAAUGAGGAAGUUUGGCGCCUUCGUGCGCGAGCUACAUCUCGAGGUUGCCCCUGUGGACGGAUAUCUAAGCCCACUGAACGGAGUGGAGGGCAGGAUAGAACCUGUAGAACGCGACCCUCAAUUGCUCGAUCGCUGGAAAGACGCAAGGAUCACCUAUUUGGAACAGGUGUUGUGUGUGCUCAGAUGUAUUCGAAACAACAGAAAUCUCCAGAAGCUGAGUCUGUAUGGGGAUACCUGCAUUCUUCAGGAUGAGGGCAUUCUGGAAAGUGCCUAUCUACAGCAGGUUGACCCAGGAGGCAAGAAAAUCAAAGAGAUCCAACAGCUGUUACUAGAGGUUCUGUCUAACAGCAGGAAGAUAAAGUGGCUGUCCUCCGCCUUCAUGCAGGGCGUGGUGACCCCAUGCUCCCUGGCCUCUCUGUCCAACCCCAGCGCAGGCUCCCUGGAGCACCUCGGCUUGCUGGAUAACCAGCUGCCUUGCCUGGUCUCACCUGUGGAGCUGGAGCGGCUGGUCCACCUGCGUUCCCUGGCCCUCGACUUCUGUGACUUCACCUCUGAGUUGAGCCACCUACUGGCUAGAGGAGACCGUGCUCCUCUACACCGCCUCUCCCUGAUGCUCAACGGCGCUGCUCUGGAGGCUAAGCCGCUCGAUGGCACCGCCAGUGAGGACGACUGGAAGGCCCUGGUCCAACGCAGCGCUAACCUGCGGGUUUACGUGAUGGCACUGGAUGUGUGCAGCCAGGACCUGCUGAGGGUGCUAAAACCAAGCCUGCCCCUGGAGAGGAUCCACCUGGACAGCUACUCCACCUUGGUCACAGAUGGAACCCUGGAGCUCAUUGCCCAGCAGUACAACAAGACCCUGAGCCACUUCAUCCUGAUGAGGGAUGACACCGGCUUCCCUGACCUUGGCAUCAACCGAAACGAGGACCCACUGGUCCUACUGGCCUGGCGCUGCGUACACCUCUCUGUAUUGGUCAUCCACGGCUACACUGUGUGGUCCCACAACCUGGUGGCCAUCUCCCGUCUGCGUGGCUCCAGCCUCAAGGUCCUGGCUGUGUCCGAGGAGAGCAUUGACUUCGACCCGGACCAGAGGGUCUUCAUGGAGGGUGACCCCGUCCACAACCUGGUGAAGGAGGUGUCGCUGGGCCUGGGGCGCGUCUGGCGCCCUUCUAUGGACUCCAACCUGGUCCUCAGCGAGCCCACCCAGCACUUCCACAGGGAGAUGCAGAGCUUCAGCUUGGGCAUGUAGGCUAGUGCUGCAGCCGCCAGACCGGGCAGCCAUCUGGGUCGUGUUCAUUAGGCAUCAAACAAAAUAAAACCAGACCUAAACAAGAGGGACCCCACUUCACCAAUAAGCAAUGCAAAUUUUCUGUUACAAAAAGUUUUCCAUUGAAUGACCUAAUGAACACAACCCUGGUCUGGUCUUGCCUGCUGCACAUGCUCAGUGUUUGUCUUGGGACCUAUAAGGUGAUUAGAUCAUCUCAUUUACAUAUAUUUUAUUUUCUUCUCUAGCAUCCUUUGUGCCGUGUUUAUCAGUAUUAGCUCUAUAUAUCUAUAUAUAUCCUGCUUAUGAUUAGGAGAGUAUAGUCGAAUAAUUGUUUAGUAGCUAAAUGAGAGGUUGGUGUUGCAAGGGGGCUUUUCUACACAGCUAGCUUAGUUGUAUUGUAUUAUAAGUUUUAUUUUUUGCUUUGUGUUUUGUCUGUCAGCAAGUGCGGAGUUAUCAGUUAAUCCACCUUGGCUUUUUGCAAUGAUGGAAUCCUGUGUUCUUGUUCGUGCACAUUUUUUUUACGGGAGAUUAGUCUAGUAGUCUUCCGGCAGAAGGAGGGACCGUGCUGAUGGAGUGUGUGGUUAGGCCCCCCCCUCAGCCCAGCAAGAUCCUGUCUGCUCUUUACUUUUGUGUUUUGGAGAUGAUAUUGUUGCUAUGUUACGGGACUAAGAUCCUGCUGGUUCUUCUCAACCCAGAGGUGGGAUAUGAUAGGUUUCCACACUGACACUGAGUUUCCUACGUUCUGCUGCAGUACUUAAGUCAGGGGUUAGCGUUGCGAGUCAUACGCUGCAGUUUGCGCUCAGAAAAAUCCUCUGUCUCAGGUGGGCAAAACAUGAUUCUAUGAAGAUGGUGAUGAUGAGGAUGUAUAUACUAUGAAACAAUCAGCUAGUCUCUCAGUCUAAUGCAGUUUUCUUUUCUUCACAUUUGCCUUGGAAAACCCCUUGUUUUCUAGUAUCAGUAGUUUUUGCCAUCCAAUCUGCCCCUUUUUUACCAUGGGGUAAACAAACUUAGUCGUACAUUUGUUUUAAGAUUAAGGUGUUUAAAGAAUGGCAAAAAGCUACUCCUUGCACAUGUUUCUCUUGUUCACAGCUAUGUUCGCUGACUCCAGGGCCACAGUGUUUACCAGCUGAACGUUGGAUGGAGGGAAGCAUUUGCUUGCUUGUUCCAAAUCUCAGGAUUUUUUCACUUUCAGUAAAUUUGUCCAUUUGAAGGCUUUCUUUUAAUAAAAAGCUUUCUGUUGAUCUGCGGGCCAGUGUGCAUGGUGGUGUGACUGAAUACUGUAUACUAAUACUGUGGAAAGAGCUCUUCCAACACUACGCGGUUUUAUUUUUCUAGACGCGCCUUCUCGUAUCCUCUUAACUUUUAAAAAGGUUAACAUCCUCGAUGUGCGUCUGUGAAAAUACUUUUAAUGGCGUUUUCUGUCGUUUUAGAGCUCAGUAGUAGAGGGAAUCUGUGGUUGAUUGCUCAGUGGUAGAAUGUAAAUAUGAAGCUAACAACCUUAAUGUGUAAAGUUGUCUGCUAUCCAGAAUUCCCCUUAUAUACGCAUAUCUUUUUGUUGUUGCUUGUAAAGCUUCGGGAGCCAGUCUUGACUGAUAACGCAGUAGUGUGGGGCUUGGAAUAGGUGACCUGUGGUUGUUCUGUGCUGCUGAGAUGUUGGAGCAUUCCGGAAAAGAGGAGUGUAGGUUUCUCUUGAUCUUGUGUGAUUUGUGAAGCUGUCGGUCGGCUAUUACUAUUUGUUGUGUUCCUCCGUGCCCAUAACUUUCGUUGGUACUACCAAAGCCAGCCAUUUUAGUCAAGGAAGAGAAAUGCAGUAUGCAGAGUUCUGUAUAUUGAGGAAAAAAUAAGUUUGCCUAGAAACAGCUGGCAUCGGAUGGCAAGGUGUGUGUGUGUGUGUGUGUGUGUGUGUGAUCCAUGAUACAAACAAUGUAACGAUCAGCCUAUGGGAUCCACUACUAACCUGUUUAGUUGUGGCAGUAAGAUAUGAGCCUGCAUGCAAGGUUCCACUUGGGUUAAACUUAGUCUAUUGACCGUUGAUGCAUGAGAAGUGAUAAAGGAAUAUUGAAAUAAUAUACAUGUUAACAGAGGGAUUCUUACGUUUUUUUGUUUUUAGUACCACACCAGAGGAUGUAGAUAAUAUUCUAUAUUUGGAGUUGUUUGUGCUGAACAGGGGUAGUGUAAGACCUUUUUAGAGGAUGACAAAUGCCAGUCAAUUGUUACAAUGUGUAAAACAUCCUAAUGCUGUGCCUAAAUCCAGUGUAGCUUUCGCUCAGUUUUUUGUUUUUGUGUGUUCGUUUCCAGUUCACCAUUCAUUGUCUAGUACAGCAUUUGACUACCGUUAAAGCAUAUUUUAUUUCCACUUUUUUUUUUUGUGUGUGUAAAGUUUCAGAAGUGCAUACAUCAAAGAAUUAUCCAUAUGGUGUGCUUGAAGUAAAGCAUGGUGUACCCCUUUCUCACCAGUGAGCAGGAAACAGCCUUUCUCAUGGUUACUGUCAGUUGAGGAGAGGUGUUCCAUGCCUAAAAAAUAAAUUAAGAAAAUUAAGAAGAAUCUUUUUUCCAACAAGUCACUGGAAUAAACAAAACGUCUGUCAGCGUGUCUGCAUCGGCUGCCAAAGAUAACUGUGUGAAACGACAGUUGAUCAGCCAAAAUGUACUACUAUGACUGCUCCUCCACAAAUACUACUAGAAAUAUACCUACUGAAUAUGGGGUGAAGAUGGACCACGUGGUGCACAGCUGUGCUGUGGCUUGAUCAACAACAGAGCUCUCUCUCUCUGUUUUCAACAACAGAGCUCUUGCUCACCAGUUUCAUUGUGAAAAGUGAAUGUCAUUUAAGUAUAGAUAAAAUCAAAUUUGGUUGAUUCUUUCAGCCCUGUAUGUUGCUAUGAGACGUAAGGAACAUUCCACUGGGGAGUUAAAAACCAACAAAAUGGGCAAAUGUCUGAAUUUAAAAAAACAUUUUUUUUUAUACAUUUAAAUAUUUUUUUAGGGGUAAUUGGAGUAAAUUAGAGUAAAUGAUGCACAAUUGGUCUUUGAUGAAAAAAUGGUUUGCUGUGUGAAGUCCUAUAGAAGUGGUUGUGUAGGCCAGUCUCACUCUGCAUGUUAAAAGGCUUAGCAGUGGAGGUCUUUUCUUUUUAUACUCUGGAGAAACAUACCAUUUGGGUUAUUACAGCUUACAAAUCAGUUGGUUCCCUUUUUUUUUCUUAGCAUAAAAAAUGUCAUCACAAUCCACAUCUCUCUUGUUGAAAAGGAGGAACCUAUAUAGCGACAGUGAGCUGCUUGAGGGCAGGUCCAUCUGAGAGUUAACUGUUACCUGUAGAACCUCAUUGUGCUGCAGAAGCUACAGCUAAAUGACAUACCAGCCUUAAGAGCGUAAACGCUUGACGUCAAGAGACCUGAGUGAGGAGAAUUCUGUUUUGUUUUAUUCCAUUAUUAAAAACCAGCACCACUAUCAUAUUACAAGUUCACUGUUGUGGGGGUCAGGAGGGAGGUGAACUUAAACAUGUCACAUCUCUUAAUGGCUGGCUUGCAUUACAGCCAAGUCAAACGCAUAUAAUCCAGUGGCUUUUAUUUUUCUGUCACUUACAAAUGGAAAUAACAAUGUGAUUGUUUUAAGAUCUUGAUUCUUUGGAAGCCAAACUCUGUUUCAAAGGCUACCGUGGGUUACAGACAUGGUCUCUAUGAGACUGGCCAGCAGGCCCCAGUUUUAAGUGGUAUGAAUGUUGUGCAUUUGUUUAAAAUCAGGAUAUUUUAUUGCAAAAUAAGUCAUGCAUUACAAGUGGCCACCAUGGGGCACUAGCAGUGCUAACACCAAGGCUGUGUCCUUAUAAGCUUUCGGGGAAGAAAAUAACUGCGUAUUUGUAUAUCAAUACAUAAUGUAUACUCUUAUGCAACACAUUUAUGAAUAUUUGUAAGCUUUAAGAUGGUUUUACCAUUUUUGCUAAAUGUUGAAAUAUUUGGACAGGUGUUUUCUGUCAACUUUGUCUCAAGUGAACGCAUAGCAUUGGAUAUGUACGGUACAUCUGCAAAUGGGAACUCCACUGGUGCAGGUGUGAAAAUGUCAAGUGUAGAGAAUUUUGAUUCGAAAAAGUGAUGCAAGAUUAAAGAAGGAAAUAGCCUAAGUGACAUUGUGUAAACCUGUUGAAUGGUUCUUUUUAAACCAGUGAAUAAAAGCAUUAAACACAAA